AUGAUUCUUUCUUCAUUAGUCAUAUCACCCUAUAGUGCUUUUCUUCCAACUACAUCAUCAAUUCAAAUGGAAAAAGAAGAACAAUACCCUCCAUUACCUCAACCACAACGAAUAGAUGGACAUACUAAUUAUGUUCGGUCAUUAGAUAUUUCUUCAAAUCUUAGAUAUUUUAUUAGUGGGGCAAGUGAUAGAAAAGUACGGUUAUGGACUUUACCAAAUCCAUCAACUAAAACAUCUCAAGUAUUCAGUGGGCCAAAUAGUAGUGUUGUGUCUUCUUCAUUUAUUGAUGAAACAUUAGCCAUUGCAUAUAAAUGUGGAACUGUGAAAUAUAUACCAAUUGCUGAACCUGAUAGAUUGUUAACAUUCGAUAUUGUUGGUGGUAAAAUAGAAGGUUUUCUCCCAUUAACUGGAACAGCGUUCGUAGCAUGGGGAGACAAAGUCCAAUUAAUUAAUUACCAUCACCUUCACCAAGCAAUUCUAUUUACCUACAGUGAACACCUUAGGAAAGUGUGUUCAGUUAAACCAUUAGGACCAAGGUUUAUUUCAACUUCAUCAGACAGAUCAAUUCAUAUCUGGGAUCCUAAUUUACCAAUACCAACUAUAGAAAAGAUUAGAAAUGUUAGAACAUUCAAUGCAUUAGAAAUACUUGACGAACACACUUUUGCUACUGGCGGAGAGUCUGUUGUUCAUAUUUGGGAUGAACGUAAAGUGACUGAUCCAAUUGAAGUACUAAACAUCGAUUCAAAAGUAAGUUGUUUAAAUUAUUCUAACGAUAAAUUAUAUAUUGGAACUGAUAAAACAGUUGUAAUUCGUAGUGGUACACAUUGGGCUAAUGAACAAAAUUUAGUUGUAGAUGACAAAAAUGGAGUUUCAGCAAUUAAAGCAUUAGGAAAUCUGACAAUAGCAGGUUUUAGGGAUGGAGGGAUAGAUAUGUGGAAUUUCUCUAUGUAA